AUGCCCAGCCACGACUUUUUCUCCCUCUGCUCGGCGUCGCGCUGGGUCUCCACGCCAUCCGCCUUUGCCACACUCGGCGGUGGUUCGCUCCUCGUCGUCUCCUGCACAGCUGCCGUGCUGUCUUUCGCUGCCUCCUCCUCCUCUUCGUCUGGGCUAGGUAUCGGCUGCGCCUUUUCCUGUUGGCACGGUAUUCUUUUCGACAGCGAUCACCUCCGAGGCAUCGACUGA